UAAGCUUUGUUUGGUGUGACCAACUCUAGACCCUAGAAAUACAACAACCCUUCUAAUUUUUAAACACUUUCCUUCCACACCCACGUCCACCCCUUGACUGUCUUACAAAACGCAGCAUCCCCAUGGAUGAACUCCCGAUUUUUGCUCCCCGAAUUUUGUUAUGAACAUUGUGAAAUGUCUAGUGGGUAGUUUUUGUUUGUUAACUGCAGAAUGCAUGACAAAUAUGACUUUAAAGCGCACCGUCGACGACGAUUAUUACAUGAAUUAUGACUACGAAACGAACGAUUCCAUCAAUUCGGAGUUUCUUUUACCAAAUCCUGAAAAUUUAGAUUCUGUUGAUGUGCUCCCCAAUGUUGAACUCCCCGAUGAUUCCCUCUCCGACACGGAUUUAAAAGACCACGAUUUUAUUGACAACUUAAUGUACGUUUAUUAUGGCUCACAUAACAGUAAAAAUAACAGUUAUGGACCCCAAGUCAUCAUCGUGGGCUCAGUCAUCAGUUGCGCAGCUCAACUUUUAACAAUUUGUUUCGUUCUACUCAAAAAAACUCUUAGGAAAAAGGAAACGAAAAGCUUGUUUUUGCACACAAUGUGCUCGUUUUCCCUCUCCAAUUUGCUCUUCAUGUUGGGAGUUUAUGCGAAAAACUCACUUAAGUGCUUGUUGGUAGCCUUUUUCUUGCAUUACUUACACUUACUUACAGCCUUUUGGAUGUUCUUGUAUUGUUACUACAUCUACAAGCGAUUUUCGAGUAGUGGUGUCCCAAAAAAUAAGUAUUUUCUUUCGGUGGGUUAUGGGACACCACUUGUUUUUAGUCUCAUUUCGUACACAGUGUCGCCGAACAGUCUUGAAACGAAACGAUUCUGUUUCAUGUCGGUUCAAAAAGGAAUGAUAAUAAACUACAUGCUUCCAAUAUCUCUCCUAAUCGUUGUAACAACGAUCUAUUCGCUCAAUGGUAUAAGAAAAAUAAACAUAGAGUUGUCCAAAUUAGAGUUUAGUAGUUCAGCCGAGUCAUUAAACGCUUUAAAAGAACAGGAAUGUGAUGAAGAAGUGGUCAGUUUGAGGGAAUCGAAAACUUGCUUGAAACUGAUGUGUGUGGUUCAAACCGGUUAUGAUAUAGUGUGGUUCAUUGUAGUCCUAGCUCUUGAGAGUAACAGCGAAAAUAAUAGUAUGUCGAUUGUAUAUUCGGUCACUUCAUGUUUAUUGAAUUGGUACAUCUUCAUUAAGGCCGAAGCUUUUCUUCCAAAUAUUAUGCAUGUUCCGCGUUCCAUUGAUAAUGUUGUUUUGCAUCAGGAACAGCAACAGGAUAAAGAAAAUUCGAGGGGGUCUUCCGAUAGUGUUCCUCUUUUGAUAAAUACGGAAAAUUGCACCGAAAUGAGGGAAUUGCGCCUUGAAUAUAUUAGUACUAUAAGUUCGUAAAAGUUUUCGUAGGUGUUGUACCCACUAGAGACAUCGGCCUAUAUCAGUAUUGGAAAAUUCUUACCUCUAUUUCUACUGUAAACAAUGUUCUAAAUAAACCUAAACA